GUAUAUAGCAGCGUGUAAUUCAACCAUACAAAGAAGAUUUAUAUUUAUUGUAAUGUUUGUCUGUCUAACAGGACUACUACUUUGUAGUUUUGUUUUAGAUUUCAAAGAUUUGAAAUACAUAAGUGUUAAGCAUUUGGAUUAUACCGUUUUCAAUUGGACGUUUACAUACAGGGACAAACAAGCCCCGUUUGAAAUCGAAUUACCAGAUUUCAUUAAUAUUACAAAGAAAGGAAAAAAUAUCAUAAAUUGUACUGAGUGGAGGCCAGAUGAAGCCAGCCAUGAUGAAAUCAAAGCUAUUAAUAACCUUGCAGACAAUUACGCAGAAUUCUUGAAAAGAUUUAGGACUCAACAAGAAAACAAUACCGAAAUUAAUGGCGAGCCUACUCCGGCAGAGCUGAACAUAAAAAAUGUUUUGACCAAAUCAUCGAUCAUCCAAAGUGAAGCCGUGAGAGAUGUAUGUGAGAGAAAAAUGCAAUACAUUUGCAAACCAAUAAUUGAAAAUUUAGAAUCAAAUCCCCGGGACAAAAUAAUCAUACCAUUUGAAAACUUCUUUAAGCCCUUCUCAGAACUAAAACACACGAGGUUCUUCUCAGAAUUACGAAAUAAAUUGGAAUUAUUUCCCACCAAAAUGAUAUACAGUAUUGGCAUCACGUAUAAUUAUAUCCCCUCUCUUAUUAAUUGGAUUCUCAUUGCUAGGCAACUAUGUGUCCCACCUAUUGGUGAAAUACUCGUGUAUAGUCGAGAUAUUGAAGUUUGUGAAUUUCUAAAUGUUAAAAAUAUAAACGUCAUUUGUUUACAUUACGACGUUGAUGAGCUUCGUAGUUAUGAUGACGUCACAAUGAAGUUCAAUAAUGACAAGAUAAGCCGACAGAUGAUGUGGAUUACAAGAGUGUUACUAUGGAGAUUGGUGAAUUACUUCGGCUAUGACAUUGUGACGUUUGAUACUGACGCUUUGCCUCUACAAAACCCAAGCGUCGUGUUCGACAGGUUUCCUAACGCUGAUCUGAUUGGUUCUCAGAGUGCACGCGUUCCAGGAUAUCUGUACGCCUUUUGGCAACUAAACCCAAUAAAUAUGGGAAUGGUACUUAUGAGGUCAUCUCUAAACAAUACUAUAUUCUGGAACGUGGUCGGGAAAAUAUCAGAAAAGCUGCCGAAUAAAGCUGAUGACCAGGUUAUAAUAAACCUAGCACUUCUUUGUUUGAACACUAGGUGGCAGCACCCUCCACUUAGAUUCAUAUACAGAUACCCAGAUGACAAAACUCAAAUGCUUCGAUACAACGAAGAAAUAAACACUGGGACAGUUCCCAUAGUUGGGAAAACUGAUUAUCACGUGAAAAUUAUUGGGAUUCAAGGUCAUCAGAUAUGUAGGUAUUCAUGCUUAUUAAAACGUCUUUAUGACGUCAUAGUAUGGCAUAAAUGUACAAAGCAAAGUCAAGGGGCGCUCUGGUUACUAAGCACUAAUUGGAGCAUACAUGAUGUAUUGUCAUGGCAACAGAACCAGAAUGGAGAUAAAUGGAUAGAUAUUAUAACAAACUUCACCUCAUUAGAAAAUAUCCAAACCAAAUACUUAUUGAGAUGAUGAAAGCCAUAAAGCUCUAUGCUUUCAAGUGUAAAAAAUAUAAUAUACCUGCAUAAACCCCCUGUUGGAAUUUUAGAGGCCCGGUGGGGUAAAACGGCGAAUGUCAUACGCAUAGUUCAUUAUGUUUAGGUGAAUACCUGUACAUUCUCAAUAAUAAAUUAGAAAGUCAUAU